AUGCAUGCUGUACUUGAUCUUGAUGUGUGUUGCCGAUUUCAUUCAGGACAUGUUCUAUCUAUUCAAAAACAUGCGUUCCAGCCAAAUGAAGAUGACUUUUCUCAAAAGCUUGCUCAAAAUUCUGAGCUAGAAGACUCUCAGAACAAAUCUGGCUGGUGUUCAGUACACAAACUUGACAAUAGCAUGGCCACAAAGAUUAUCAAAUACAGCAGUGACAUCCCUGCCUUAGAUCAAGAGUUUCUUGCCAUACAAUCUGUCUAUGAACAUACCACCAUGCCCACCCCCCACCUGUACCAUGUCGCUCACAAUUGUGGACUAGACAGGGACUGCUUUGCAUACAUUUGCAUGGACUACAUUUCCGGCCAGUGGCUUGGUCAUGCAUGGCCAUUGUUGUCUCUUUGGGCCAAGCUGCUGCUAGAGAGCUUUGGACCAUUUGACAAUGUGCUCGAGCUAACUCAUGCAGUGAACAAGAAGUGUGCUUCGAUGCUGGGCUAUGAGAUACUUCAAGCUUUCAUGGCCCUGGAACCACUGGUGUUUAUUCACAACAACAUUCACAUGGGUAACUUCAUCUUUAGAAAUGAUAAUCAUGUCUGGUUCAUUGACUGGGAGUUUGCAGGCUUUUACCCUGAAUCAUUUGAGUAUACAACUGCAGCUUUCCUUUCUGAGGCCUACUGGAACCAGGUAGCACCUCUCUUUUGGAGAAGAUGCCUUCCUUUUAUUGCUGACCCAUGUUUUGGACAUUAUCAAUAG